CACGUGGCCUUAAGACCAGCUGGAAGCUCGCGCUGCUGUUGCUGCUACAGCAGCUAGAAAAUCAGUCUAGGUCUCUGGAGCCUCCUGGAGGGGCUGAGCGCGCCUGGGGCUGACUGCCCUUGCACCAUGUUACUGCAGCUGGAGAGGUAUCAGCGAGAGUGGCGAGAGCUGGAAGAGGAAUUUCAGCAGCUCCAGGAAACUCACAAGGUCUAUAGACAGAAACUUGAAGAACUCAAUAACUUGCAGACUGCAUGCAGCAGCUCCAUUCAUAAACAGAAGAGGAAAUUAAAAGACUUGAAAUACAGCCUCCAACGGUGCAAACGCACGUCUAGUCCUGAAGAAUCUGAUCUCAUACAGCAAAUUAACGCCCAGAUCAAAGACAGGCAAAAUAUUUUCUUUGACAUGGAAGCCUAUUUACCAAAGAGAAAUGGUUUGUACUUGAAUCUGGUGCUGGGAAAUGUGAAUGUAACUCUUCUAAGUAAUCAGGCAAAGUUUGCCUACAAAGAUGAAUAUGAGAAGUUCAAACUUUAUUUGACAAUAAUCUUGUUACUUGGUGCUGUAGCAUGCAGGUUUAUUCUUCAUUACAGGGUGACAGAUGAAGUGUUUAACUUCCUGUUGGUGUGGUAUUACUGCACAUUGACAAUAAGGGAAAGCAUUCUCAUCAGCAAUGGCUCAAGGAUUAAGGGCUGGUGGGUGUCUCAUCAUUAUGUCUCCACAUUUCUAUCUGGAGUAAUGUUAACAUGGCCGGAUGGACUCAUGUACCAAAUGUUUCGGAAUCAAUUUUUAGCAUUUUCAAUUUUUCAGAGCUGUGUGCAGUUCCUACAAUAUUAUUAUCAAAGUGGCUGCCUUUACAGACUCUGUGCACUAGGGAAAAGAAACCACUUGGAUCUUACAGUAGAAGGAUUUCAGUCUUGGAUGUGGCGAGGGCUGACCUUCCUUCUUCCCUUCCUGUUCUUCGGGCAUUUUUGGCAGCUCUAUAAUGCAAUCACACUCUUUGAACUGUCUAGGCAUACGGAAUGCAAAGAAUGGCAGGUUUUUGUACUCGCUCUCACAUUUCUACUGCUCUUCCUUGGAAACUUUCUUACCACUUUAAAAGUGGUGCACACUAAGCUUCAGAAAAACAAAGAUGAAAUGAAGAAACUGUGAAACUGGGUUGCAAUGGUGGACACUAAAAUGUGGCAUCUCUCUUCUUUCCACUCUCAGCAAAUAAUUUCAGACUGAACCUGGUAAACUACAGCUAUAUUGCAAAUAAACCUUGGAAGAAAUCCUGUUCGUGUUAUGCUAAGAAUGUGAACUCUCCCAGCACAGACUGCUGUACAGUAUUAUGCAAGCACUGCUCUCCAGCCUGCAGCCCUAUUAUUUAAGUGUAUUUAAUACAAAACACAUUUGGUGUUUUUCCUUUGUAUAUACAACAGUAAUAUGGCAUGCACCUGCCAGAAAAAACACCAGUCUUGGGAGAAAGUGAUAUUUACUGUAAUUCUGUUCCUUCAUCUCUUGUUCUGUUUUUGGGCUGGGUUUUUUGAUCCAGCAUUGUUUUAUUUCUGAAAUUCCAGGUACUACAUUAGUAAAACUUUAAAAAUGUUUUAGGUCAACCAGUAAUGCAGACCUAACAUUUAUUUCUAAAACUGUUGAUUAAAACACUACAUUUUUCAGUGGCCUAUGCUAAACUGUGUGUACUGUGAAACUUGCCCAUAUUUGUACCAUGCUGCUAUGCACACUUUUUAAAAACUAUUUAAAGAACAAACUUUAAGUUAAUGGUUUAAAUGUUAUGUUUUGUCAUUGACUUUGUUUGCAGGAAGCCUGGUGAUAUUCAGCUAGAGAUCAGGUAAUCUGGUCAACCCUGAAAAACGCACAAAAUAAAUAAUACAACACAGAGCUGUUUCAAGACCUUCUUUUAAAUGUUACUUUUACCAUUGUUUUCCAAAACCAUGUUCUUCUGAAAAUGGCUCUGACCGAAGGCUGAAAUUGCAGCAUUUGGCCCUUUAAUUACUGUAGUUUAAUUUUCUCCUUCUCCUAAUUUCAUUUGUGAUAUAGUGUUUUGUCUUAUUAUUUUCCUGUGUGCAAUUCAUUUGAGAGCAUAGCGACUGUGUGUCUGGUUUCACCUACAUAGUUGUUUAUGGGUCACUUAGUGCACUGGAUGAGGUAAAUAGAAUUAGUACCACUGUAUUUGUCAGUCUCAGGCAUUUUUGAGAAUAUUGUAUACUGAAUUUUUGCCUAUAUGCUAUAGCUUGCUGUGCAGUGAAAAAAAUUGUAUCCCUCUUUGCUAAGAAAACACACAUCUACAUCUUACUAUGUUUUUCCACCUAAUGAGGGCUGCGUAGCUCCUGAAUCAGAGCUUUCUCUAUAGAGCAGUGAAGGUUUUCCCUCUUUCCCUUCAUGUUUAGUCUGAGCAUACUGCCUCUGGAGAUACGUAGAAUGUCCAAAGCUUGUUUUGGAUUUACAAAUUAUUCCAUUUUAAGCUUGGAGGUACGUGAAGACCUCCAUAGAUCUUAAUGGUCCUUGCAUUUUUUGCACGCUUAUUUUGGGGUCAGUUCCAAGUUAACAAAACCUCUGCAUCCCACUAGCAUACAACACAAAGGAAAUAGAUCAUUUCAAGGUGGAUUUCUCUAUCAGCUGUAUUCACAACCAAAUGAAGAUAAGACUGGAAACGUACUGUUUCUAACCUAAUAACCUGACCUUCAGAACUUUUCAGGCUGUUAGCAAGAAUCCUGGCAAAAACCGCAAAUGGAAGCCUCUCAGACAGAGAAAUAACUUGGCUGACAUGCUGUGAACACAACCUGCUCUCCCCUAGGAUGGACUGCUAUUACAGCCCAAACCAUGGCAUAUUUCAGAAAAAACACCUCUGCUGCAAAAUAUCGUUUUAAAAUAAGCCAUUUCUGUAAUGCAACAUUAUUGUGAAAAAGAUCUUCAGCUGUAGUAACCUCAUGUACAGAGAAAUUUCUCAUGGCUUUAAAAUCUUGGAGUGCAGGUACUAAUUUGAAUGGGAUGGUUCCUCUCACUUAAAUGGGAAGCAACUAGGACACCUGCAUGCAUUGUCCUUGAAGGUAA